AUGAGCCAGCAAAGUCAACAACCUCUCAAGAACUCCAUGAGCUCAUCGCCAUCUCCAGCAACCAUUCCGUCCGUCCACAGUCAACAAGCAUCCAGCGACCUCUUGCGCAAACUCCAAGAAACCACCAUUGCCGCUCUCAGAACCUCAAGCAACAAGAUGGAUUCCAACUACGGUGGCAGCUCCAAGGGCACCUCUCCCGAUACCAAAGGCAAGGGCCAAGAGCAGAGAGCCGUGUUCGACGGACUUUUCCCCCGGAUAGAGACCAGAGGCCAGAGCAAGGUCUCUUCGAAGAAUGGCAGUGGCAGGAAGAAGGAGGGCAAGAGCUCACACUAG